GAAUCAAAAUGCAAUGUACCAUCUGGAGAAAAAGUGGAAGAAGCUGAACAACCCAGUGAUAUAGAAGAAGGAGGAUUAGAUCUUAGUGUGUCACUCAAACCGGUCAGUUUCUACAUUGCGGACAAAAAAGAAAUGCUUCAACAGUGUUUCUGUGUUAUAGGAGAGAAAAAACUACAGAAGAUGCUACCUGAUAUUUUAAAGAGCUGUUCCAUGGAUGAAAUCAAAAGGCUUUGCUUGGAGCAGUUGGAGCUGUUGUCUGAAAAAAAGCUGUUGAAGAUACUUGAAGGCAAGAUUGGAGCUGAUUCUGAUACUGACGAGGAGACAGAUGGAGGAGACAAGACUGGAGGUGAAUCAGUCAGUCA